AUGGCAGACGUCAUGAGCCGGCCCGACGAAGAAAACUCCGGUGUCCGAGCCGGAGAUGGAAGCCGGGAUUCGUCAGUGGAUGUUGAGAAACUCGGCCGUCAACGACCAGAAGUGUUCAAGUCAAUAUGGUCUGAACUAGGGUUCGGUUUCUCAGUAUUCUGUUCCAUGUUAUUGGCAGAAUUCUUCGUUAGUGGAUUUCAUGUCAUUCUUCCACCUUUAUCUGAAGAGCUCGAAAUCCCUUCUGCAUCGCAGACAUGGCCUUCAAGUGUCUUUUCACUUGUCACAGGGGCCAUGCUGCUUCCAAUGGGUCGGCUGGCAGAUAUGUAUGGUGGCUACCUGGUGUACAAUGCUGGUCUAUUGUGGUUCUUCAUAUGGGCUCUUAUCGCAGGCUUCAGUAAGAACUACAUGAUGUUGAUCUUUUGCCGAGCUCUGCAGGGUCUUGGUCCUGCUGCGUAUUUACCAGGUGGUGUUAUGCUCAUGGGCAAAACCUAUCGCCCUGGACCUCGAAAGAACCUCGUUUUUGCUCUAUACGGUAGCUUUGCUCCCCUAGGAUUCUUCUUGGGCAUAUUUGUGGGAGGUCUAUCUGCAGAGUUUCUCGAUUGGAGAUGGUACUUUUGGAUUGGCACCAUCAUCUUUGCCGUUGUAUGUGGUAUUUCACUCAUCGCUGUCCCCUUCGACUACCGCGAUAGAAAGGUCGAUAUCCCUAUGGACUGGUGGGGAGUUGGAACGAUCGUGCCAGGCCUCCUCCUCGUUGUAUACUCUCUGACCGACAGUUCACAUGCUCCUAACGGGUGGGCGACGCCGUACAUUAUCGUGACAUUGAUUCUGGGUGUCAUGUUUCUGAUAGCUGCAUGGUAUUUUGAGACCCGCAAGGCUCAAGUCCCGUUAUUGCCGGCCGAUCUCUUCGAGCCAAAGGGUAUGAAACGUUUCAUGGCCGUUCUCUUCAUGGCUUUUGGUACCUUUGGGCUUUUUCUCUUUUACUCGAGCUUCUACAUGGAAUUGGUGCUGCAUAGAUCACCGCUCAUCACCGCUGUUUGGUAUAUCCCCAUGUGUGUAGGUGGUCUCAUCAUUGGCACUGUAGGAGGCUUUACAUUGCAUUUCUUACCAGGGCGACUACUCCUUUUUAUCUCAUCCAUGGCCAAUGCCAUCUGCAUGUUAUUGUUCGCCCUCAUGCCCGAGGAUCCGAACUAUUGGGCCUGGGUAUUCCCCAGCAUGGUGUGCUGUACUCUCGGCAUUGACAUCACCUUUACAGUCAGCAAUAUCUUUCUGACAACCAACAUGCCGAGCCAUCGGCAAGGACUCGCAGGUGCUUUGAUCAACAGCGUUCUUUUCUUAGGAAUCAGCUUCUUCCUUGGUAUUGCCGACAUUGCCGUUGCAGAGACGUCAGACCUGGGCCUUCGAAAGAGCUACAAGGUGGCAUUUUGGCUGGCAUUUGGUGUGGCAAGUAUUCCUCUGCUCUUUAUUCCGUUCCUCAACAUCGGGUCUGCUAAGAGCGAGCUUACGAUGGAGGAGCGGCAGAGAUUAGAGAACCCACAGCGGUCAACGGAAGAGCCGGGAAGGGAUCCAGAGGCAAAGAAUUCAGCAUGA